GUGCAGAUUGUGUACAGUGCUGUAGCUUAUGAGCGACGGGGAGGACACUAGAGAGGACGACCGGAUCCGGCGAUCGGCUAGACGCCCGAUUGCCCAUUUGGCUUUAGGACCAGAGGGCGGCAGAUACCUGUUCCGCCAGCGUAGGGAGAGGCUGCAGCAGCAGAGGAGAGCUAGAGCAGCAGAGGAAAGCAGGGCAUUCGCAAGCGAGGCCGCUACUUCAGCAGCCAUGGCCACUGCCGCGCAGCAAACCUCUCAGGAUAGUAGUUCAGGUUCUAUAGGAUCAACGGUCGCACAGACCGUGAGUCGGUCCACUGGUGUAAUGGCGAGCCAGCCCCUAGGGAUGACUCCCGAGGAGGUCACCAUACAGCGAGCUGCUGAUCGUGAGGCACAGCUACAGCAGGCGUUGGGAGAGAUUAAGGCUGAGAAAGAGAGAAUGAUUAGGAGAAGAGCCAGGAUGCAGCGGAGGCAAGCGGACGUUGGCGAGCUUGACGAGCUUCGCCGACAACUCAAGGAACUCGUAGAAAAGGGUUGGAUCCGACCGAGUGUUUCUCCUUAUGGUUCACCAGUCCUAUUCGUACCAAAGAAGAAGGAAGGAACACUUAGGAUGUGCAUUGACUAUAGGGGCCUCAAUGCCAUCACUGUCAAGAACAGAGAGCCCCUACCGGGCAUCGAUGACUUGCUAGAUAGAGUGCAAGGGUGUCGGUACUUCAGUAAGAUAGAUCUGAAGUCCGGGUACCAUCAAAUUGCAAUCCGGCCCCAGGAUCAACACAAAACCGCUUUUCAGACCAGGUACGGUCUGUACGAGUUUGUGGUGAUGCCUUUCGGCCUUUGCAAUGCUCCUGGCACCUUUGAGCACGCUAUGAAUCAGAUAUUUCAUAACUACUUGGAUAAGUUUGUCAUCGUGUACCUCGAUGACAUACUUAUUUUUAGUAAGACUGUCAAGGAGCACGUUGCGCAUUUGGAUAAAGUCCUGAGUCUUCUGCGACAGCACAAGUUCAAGAUCAACGGUGAGAAGUGCGAGUUUGGCCGCACCCGUGUCUUGUACUUGGGUCAUGAGAUUUCCGCGGAGAGAUUAGAGCUCGAUGACGCGAAGGUGGCCAGCAUUCGUGACUGGCCGAGUCCUCGGUCUGUGACUGAGAUGAGGUCUUUCUUAGGGAUGACCGGCUACUAUCGCAAUUUUGUGAAGAACUAUAGCAUAGUUGUCGCCCCUUUGACUGACCUGACUCGCCUUGACACCCCAUGGGAGUGGACAGGCAGAUGCGAGGCUGCUUUCAGACAUCUGAAGCAUGCGUUGAUGCAUCAUGAGGUCUUGAAACUUCCUGAUCCUGACAAGCCAUUUGUAGUAACUACGGAUGCUAGCCAAUAUGGCAUAGGCGCCGUACUUGCACAGCAGGAGGGGAAGAAGUUGAGGUCAGUAGAGUACACGUCCAAAAAGAUGUCCACCUAUGAGAAGGAACUCUAUGCGAUCUACAAGGCGCUCACCCAUUGGAGACACUAUCUCCUUGGGAGGUUCUUCUACGUCAGGACUGAUCACCAGACCCUGAAGUGGAUGAAAACCCAGCCUGUGCUCUCUGAUGCUUUGAAUCGUUGGAUUGAAGUCAUAGAGCAGUAUGACUUUGAGCCCCAGUACAUCAAGGGCGAGUACAACAAGGUUGUUGAUGCACUGUCGCGUAGACCAGAUUUCUCUGGUGCGUUGAUCACUGAGUUUGGGUUUGCGAACGAUGUUACUCAGUCUAUGGUGGAAGCCUAUCGCGAGGACCGGUUUAUGUCUGAGAUCAUACGCAGACUCGAGAUGAAGGACAAAGCAACUUCUGCUGAGUUUGAGUUGGUCAACGGAUUGCUGUUCCUUGAGAAGACAGGGAAUAAACGUCUGUGUGUGCCAGAUAGGGAGUCUUUGCGUAGUUUAUUUUUAGCCAAUCUGUUGCAGUGGUUCUGGUGGCCCACGAUGAUGAGAGAUGCCAAGCUGUACGUGGAGACUUGUCAGGUCUGUCAGAGAGACAAGCCCCGUACACAGGCCCCUCUUGGGCUCCUCAAGCCCCUUCCGAUUCCGGAAAGGCCUGGUGAGAGCCUGUCCAUGGACUUCAUGGACACCCUGGUCACCAGCAAGAGUGGAAUGCGAUACAUCUUUAUCAUUGUGGAUAGAUUUAGUAAGUACGCUAGGUUAAUUGUUAUGCCGGAGACAGCGAAAACCAGGUACGUGAUCAGAUUGUUCAAGGAGAACUCGGUCAGAGAUUUUGGUCUGCCUAAGUAUGUCAGAUUCAGUAGUGAGUUAUGGAAGGCUGCCACUGCCGGAACGCACUUGCAGAUGACUUUUGGGAAUCACCCAGAGGCCAAUGGCCAAGCCGAGCAACUGAACCGCGCUGUACAACACCUGCUGCGGCAUUACAUCAAGCCCAAUCAGGUGGACUGGGAUGAGAAGCUUGCUCUCAUCGCCAGCUUGUACAAUAACGUUGUACACAGCGCCACCGGGGUGAGCCCAAACAACUUAUUACUGACCUUCAAGCCUAGACUGCCCUUAGAUUUUCUCCUUCCUGAGAACCAGCCAACUGCUGCACCGGGUACCUUAGAAUUCGCUUAUCGCUACGAACAGAAAAUGCAGCAGGCAGUAGAACAAAUGCAAAAGGCACAGGAGGCAAUGAUAGAAUCUGAAAACAGGCACCGCCGCCCAUCUACAUUCCAGGUUGGGGACAAAGUCUGGGUUAAGUCCUCAGAACUGGGACAGGAGCACGGGAUCUCCCGCAAGCUCAUGCCUCAGUUCUUCGGACCAUGGGAGGUCUUAGACAUCGUCGGGACUGAUCCGGAUGGACCGUCUUAUGUAAUCCGGAUCCCUGGUCAUCUCCGCACUUAUCCUGUCUUUCACGCUUCUAAGCUUCCACCUUUCGAGGAAACUGAUCAGUUUCCCUCUCGUCGGUCAAUGCUGUCCCCAACCAUGGAUGGAGAGGUCGACAUUGAUGACAUCGUCGACCAUGAGGAAAUGCCAGUUCCAAGACCGACAGGCAGGGGACGUCCUCCGAAACCGAAGCUGCAAUACAGGGUUCGGUUCAGACAUCACACGGAUCCAAAGGAGGAUUGCUGGUUCACCAGGGAGGAACUGAUGCAGACCGCUCCUAAGGUUGUUGCCCAAUAUGAAAAGUCUCUGCAAAAGGGAAAGCGCAAGAUUAUCGAAGACUGAACUUCUCAAAGGACUAUCAAAGUUAUGGAGGAGGGAAUGCGAGGCCAAGGCCCCGACGAG